AUGUGGAUGCUUAUUCCGCAGUACAGAAUUAAGGUUGUGCAAGUGGCCCUGGUGGUAUGGAGGGACCUGGUGGUGUACCGCGUCCGCCGGCACCUGUUGGUCAGCAUGCUAGAGCUGAGCGCACCGGUUUUUCUACUGUCUCUGUUCUGGUUCUCGUCGGCUGCCCUCCCGGAAACCAGGAGGGUGCGACUAGAUGCCGGAGCAGCUGGACCACGCCGAGACCCCUGCGACGUUCCCUACAAGGGGCGCAGGCUUGCCUUCGCGCCGAGGACAAGUCCUUACGCUCGGGAGGUGCUGAUCAGGGCAUUCCCGGAGCUCGCGGCUGCCAAGGAGCUGGUGGGAUUCGACGACGAGAAUCACGUUCUCAAAGAAGCGAGGUCCGGCACACUUGGCGCAGCCGUAGCAGUGCUGUUCGACGGCAUGGAAAGGGCUGGCGGUGACUCUAAGGCACUGAACGCUCCUGGGGACCUCAACUACACGCUGCUGCUCGAAGAGUCUCUCCCUCCCCAGCGAUUCAGCUACCGGUGCCCCGGACCACGAGCCAUCGACGAGAACUUGGAGGAAAUGCUUGAGAGUACGCGUCAACCAUUCUGUCACUGCCCUACAGGUCUCACUAAAGGCACCCUGGCGGAGAGCCGCACGUUGGCGAAAUGGAAGGUGCGCAUGAAGCGUUUCCCACUGCCGGCGAUGGAGACGGACGUGGGCGCAUGUCAGCCGCUCUACCCUUGGUUCGCCAUGUUGUUCUUCGAGAUCGGCUUCCUGCCGCUUUGUCUCAACUAUCUGUAUCGCUUCAUCGAGGAGAAAAUCAAUGAUAAAAGGGAGUGGAUGCUGAUCCAGGGCAUCCGCAACGGCGCAUUCCUGUGGGGCAAGGGCCUGGCUUGCUUCGUGUUCGCCUCGCUUCCGUGCCUGGUCGCCGUGUCCGUGCUCACGUGGCCCCAACCAGAGUGGCUGUUCACAGCGCUGACCUACUCUGAACCGUCCGUGCUUCUCGCCAACAUCUUUCUACCCUACGUCGCGAGGCUGUCCGCCUCUUGCGUGCUUUUCGGCACGCUCUUUAUGAAUAGGUGGGUUUGCGCCCACGCGUUUACACUCUGGUGGCUCGUGGGAGCCAUUGUUGCCCUGGACUUCGAGGCGGAGUUCAGCGACCUCUACGUUUUCACAUUGUGCCUCUUCAUGCCCAACUUCUGGAUUACGACCGCUGUGCGGGCUAUGUGGAACAGCGAAAGAAAUGGUGUGGGCAUCUAUUGGGCGAAUCUCAGCGAUAUGGGCGGCUGGCCAGUGAUGGUGUCAUCGCCGUUGUCGCUGGUCCUGCUGGCGACGCUGGUGUGGUACCUCGAUUACGUAUGGCCCUGGCCUGAAAGAAUGCGCCGCAAGAACCUCCAGUUCGUUUUCCAGGACGAGUUCUGGGACUCGCUGGACGCGGGCAACCAGCGCCAGGUGCCAGAGAAGCACUGCUGCAAUCCAGCAGGCGAGCCAGCAGUGAGCAUGGUGGACGUCGCGAAACGCAUGGGCGAUAUUCAGAUGGAACACUUGUCAGUCGACUUCAUCCGCAAUCGCAUCACGGUUAUCUUUGGCCAUAGUGGUUCCGGCAAGAGCACGCUCGUCAAGAUGAUUUGCGGAAUCUUGCGCCCGGAUGAGGGCAACAUCUACGUCAACGACCUGAACGUUCAAUGCGCGCUUUCCGAGACGCGCUCUUUUAUCAGCUACUGCGCCGAGAACAGCACACUGUUCGAGUUCAUGACGGUUCAGGAACACAUUCAGCUCUCGAAGCUACUGAACGCGUCGAGUCCUUCUCCGGCUUCGCGGCGCGAAGUGGACAUCGCGCUCCUCCUGAGAAAGAUGCGACUGUCCGACUACGCGGACUCCGUGAUCAGCACUCUCGCCGUCGGCGUGAGACGCAAGGUGGCGCUGGCCGUGGCGCUGUCUCGACCCGCCGACGUGCUGGUGCUCGACGAGCCAACGUCGGGCAUGGACGCCAUCAGCCAGGCCGACGUGUGGAAGUUGUUAUUCGCCAUGCGUCGGUCUUCAACCAUCAUCAUGACGACAAACAAGUCGGCUGAAGUAGACGUGUUGGCUGACCGCGCAGUGGUGCUGGCACGAGGCGUCAUACAGCUCAACGACAACGUGGACAAUCUGUACAAUCACCUCAGGCUGGGUUACCGUCUCUGCCUACUCCGACAUGAGCUUGCCAUGGCUGCGGCCAUCACCAAGCACCUCGUUGAGCGGAUGCCCAAGCUGCGAGUGCUGUCCGUGAUCGGACUGGAGAUCAUGUUGUACAUGCCCGGCGUGACCAUGGCUCAGGCGCGGGAGUUUGCCCGGUCGAUACGCAACGAGCAGCGCUACCUCGGUAUCACGCACAUCGGAGAUCCCUACCGCACCAUCGAAGACGGCGUCAUGAGAAUUUGGGGACGCAUUCACCAACCGGACUACACUGCAACUGUCAAUCCUGAUCUCAUGCUCGAAGCUCUGCGUCUCCACCUCGAGCGCUCCGAGCACCCGCGUUUCUGGGUGUCCAUGUGGCGUCGCUUCGUGGCCCUGUCGGCGAAGAAACUGCGGCUCUUAUGGGCCCAUCGGCUUCCGCUGGUGUGCGCCUUUGUGGCCAACGGAGUGCUGUUCUUCGUGCUGUACGAGGCGCUCGCAGACCGCGAGGCGCCGCUGGGUGCCAGUCCGGGUGUGGUGCGUCUCGACGCCGCCAGCGUGGGACUCGGGCAUUCGUUCACGACUGGCGGCCGAGCCCCGAGUUCGCGGGCGUCGUGA